UGCAACUUUUACUUCCGGCCUGCGUACACGACCAUCGCGCUUGAUUUCGUGGGAUCGUUCCGUUCGUUCUCCGCAGUGUCCGCGCAUCGUUCCAGUGUUGUCGUAGCGUUAUUCCUACGUCUUGCCCGACUACCGCCUGCGCUUCGCAGUUGUAUACCAUCCGAGGGGAAUCUUUUGUUUAUCGUAUGUCCAUCCAGAAUCUCAACACAUUCGACCCCUUUGCAGAUGCAAUCAAGGGUUCAGACGAUGACGUCCAGGACGGCCUUGUGCAUAUAAGGAUCCAGCAGCGGAAUGGUCGCAAGACCUUAACAACGGUGCAAGGACUCUCCUCUGAAUAUGACUUGAAGAAAAUCGUGAGAGCAUGUAAAAAGGAGUUUGCGUGCAAUGGGACAGUAAUAGAGCACCCGGAGUACGGGGAGGUGCUGCAGCUGCAGGGGGACCAGCGAGAGAAUAUAUGCCAGUGGCUGACAAAAUCAGGUCUGGCGAAACCCGACCAGCUGAAGGUUCAUGGUUUUUAAUCUACAAGCCAGCAACAAUAGUCAUCAUCCAUGCCACUACCUACAAGAACAACAGCAGCAACAACAACAACGGACAGCUCCGCCCCUUGUCAGCGCUUUAUCAUCCUCUCAAAUUGAACCUUUAUAACAGUCACUAAUUCCUCGUCGGACACUCCGUUUAUACUAUUAAAUAUAAAAAAUAUAUAUACAAAUAUAUACAUAUAUAUAUACAUAUAGGCGUGCAUAUAUGUAUAUAUGUAUAUUUAUAUAUAUAUACACACAUAUAUUCCAAGAAAAAAGGAAGGAAGACGCGUGCGAAACGAACAGAGAAAGAGAAGUAAGUAGUAGAGAAUAAAAGUAAAUAAAAAGAGAAAAAAGGGAAAAAAGGAAGAAGAUACAGCGAAGAGAGAGAAAGGAUUACAAGCAAAUCGACACAGGCAAUACAUCACUAAUUGGAUCUUUUCUCAAGAAAAGCAAUACGUCACACAUAUAUACACACAUACACUCACACGCGACACGUACGUACACGCAUACAGAAACACUCUGUAAGCCUUAUGUUAGGUGUUAAUAAUUACUGAGGUGUAACCUCAGCAACAGCAGUAGUAGCAGUACCGGUAGCAGUAACAAGACACAUCAUUUUGAUAAUCAUCAUCGAGGAGGAGGCAUAGACGAGCGAGCGGUAAUUAGCAGCGCCGGAUGGAUGUUUGUUUUUGUGUUAGGUAGUAUGUACCUGGACGCGAUAGACGUGUUCCGAGAAGGCAGCAAGGCGUAACUAUAGGUUCCCAAUUGAAUCCGACUUUUUCUCGUUCCUUAUCCUUUUCUCCCUCUCGUUUUCACUUCUUUGUCUCGCGCUCGUUUGCUCGCUCGCUCGUCCAUUCUCCAUUCCUUUAUAGUGAUAACGAUACGAAAUCUCCUUUCUCUAUCUUGUUAUUUUUUUUUGUUGGAAAGAAAAUUCGUUUUGUGACUCAUUUUUGUUGUUUUCUUGAUUGUAGAAUGGAUUUAAUGUUAGAGAGAAUCUCCUCUUCUUUCACCUAUCCUUGGUACCUCGUCUCUGCUCUUUCUUGCUUUUUCCCUUUUUAAAGCAGUAACGAAGAAUUGUUUUGAGAUGAUAAUGAGAGCUAAUGGAAAUAUGACCUUUAGAUAAAUAAAUAAAUUAAUACACGAAUACAAAAA